UUACGGCUUACGUUUAGCUCGGAACCGGACUUAUGGCAAACAUUGAUUAUUUUUGUUAAACCACUGCUAGACUUAAGUUUGUGUUACCGCCCCGCCCCCUUCAAGUGUGCCAACAUUAUCUUAAAUCAACAUAAGCUGCCGAGUAUCGCGACAAGCUAUCUAAGCAGUUGGACAGUUCAGCUUCCGGGUUGGAAGGUAACUAUCUUGAGUGUUCAUUCGUCUCUUUGGCGGUCCACAGAUUUGCAUUUCCUUCAUCAACUCCAGGUCGUCUGUCGCUCCACGUUAGGUUCACGAUGUCUGGGAGUCCUGUGGUCAUGCGGCUGGUGGCGUCGGCCUACUCUGUGGCUGAGAAGGCCGGCGCCAUCGUGAGGAAAGUCCUCCACAGUGGAGAUCUCGGCAUUGUGGAAAAGACCGGAGCUAAUGAUCUGCAGACACUGGCGGACAGACUCGCGCAGCAGAGCAUUUGUGCCUCCCUGUCCCGACGCUUCCCGAAACUCACCAUCAUCGGAGAAGAGGAGCUUCCAGCUGAGGAGACAGGAGAAGACCUCAUCGAGAACGGCCAGGCAGAGGAAAUCCUCCAGAAGAGCUGUCCUGCAGAAUAUAGUGGCCUGAAAGAGGAGGAGCUUGUCGUGUGGGUCGAUCCACUGGAUGGCACGAAGGAAUAUACUGAAGGGCUCCUGGACAACGUGACGGUGCUUAUCGGAAUUGCAUAUGGAGGCAAAGCAAUCGCAGGUGUCAUCAACCAGCCUUUCUACAACUACCAGCACGGGGCAGGAGCAGUUUUGGGGAGAACCAUGUGGGGCAUGCCGGGACUGGGUGCCUUUGGAUUCCAGCUGCAGGAAGUCCCGGGCGACAGGCGGAUCGUCACCACCACCCGUUCCCACAGCAACAAGCUGGUGACGGACUGUGUGGACGCCAUGGAGCCGCAUGAAGUCACGAGAGUGGGCGGCGCUGGAAAUAAGAUUAUUCAGCUUGUUGAGGGAAGAGCGUCUGCUUACGUCUUUGCCAGUCCAGGGUGCAAGAAGUGGGACACCUGUGCUCCUGAAGCCAUCCUGCACGCGGUCGGAGGCAAACUGACGGACAUGCACGGCAAUGCGUACCGCUACGACGCAAAUGUGAAGCACAUGAAUUCUGCCGGCGUUCUCGCGACGCUGCGCAACCACGAGUACUACGUCAGCAGAGUGCCGCCGUCGGUGCUGCAGGCCCUCAAGUCAGACUGAAUCUGAAAACACACUCAUGUGCCACUGUUAAAAAAUCGACUUUAACAUCUGAUUUCAACCACAGGUGAAUGUUAUACAUGUGGAUAUAUAUUUGUUUAUUCCCCUGUCAAAGAUUAAACAGUGAUUUCACACUG